CGGUUUAGUCCAACCGCAUCAGUAACACUGUGGAAAUGUUCAAACUAUUACUCUUUCUUUUCUUUGUGUCUUCAAUUUGGGCUUGCUCUCGCGAGCCCAGCGUCUACCACUCGAAAGUCGCUAAACUACGAGGCGACAAUGGCUACCAAAUCAAGAUCAACGAAGACCCAGCUAAAUACGUCCCUGGAAAAGUAUACACACUAUAUAUAAUGGGUUCCCGAACCUACGCCAAACUCCAACACUUCCGACGUUUCACAAUCAACGUCGAAGCCACCAGCGACCCUGGAAACUUAUCUCCGCAACGAGUCGGCAGUUUCCAGCUUUUCGGCGACUCCAUCUCGAAAUUCAACGAAGAAUGCAUCAACACGAUCUCCGAGAACAACGAACUACCCAAAACCGAAGCGUACCUCAUGUGGACGGCGCCCCCACCAGGCUCGGGCUGCGUCACCUUCAAAGCCAUGGUACUAGAAGACUCGACCCACUGGUACGCAGACGAAGGCAACCUCUCCAAGACCUUCUGCGAACAAACCGAACAAGACGUCAAGUUUGACGAAAACAACGACUGCUGCGCUUGCGAUGAAGCCAAAUAUAACAUGAUCUUUGAGGGGAUUUGGUCCAACAAAACUCACCCCAAAGAUUUUCCGUUUUCGUUGUGGCUGACGCACUUUUCAGACGUAAUCGGGGCUUCGCAUGAGAAAAAUUUCACUUUCUGGGGGGAAGGGCAAAUCGCGUCUGAAGGUUUCAGGAGCUUGGCGGAGUGGGGCUCUGUGAGACUAAUGGAAACUGAAUUAAGGGCAAAGAGUAAAUAUCUAAGGACUAUUAUUAAAGCCGCUGGGUUGUGGUACCCCAAUGUCAAUACAAACACGUCGGCUAACUUCAGGGUGGAUCGUAGGCACCACUUAAUCUCGCUAAGUUCCAUGUUUGGACCCUCUCCGGAUUGGGUGGUGGGUGUCAACGGGCUCAACUUGUGCUUGAAGAACUGCAGCUGGAUUGAAAAUCUGGUCAUAGAUUUGUUUCCUUACGAUGCUGGUACUGACGAUGGUAUUUCCUACAUGUCUCCGAAUGCCGAAACGUCACCCAGAGAGCGAAUGUACCGAAUCACCACUAAGUACCCAGAGGAUCCAAGAGCACCGUUUUAUAACCCGUCUAAGAACGAAAUGGUUCCUUUAGCAAAAUUGUACUUAAAACGAGAGAAACUAAUUCCGAAGAACUGCGACGAGAAUUUCCUCAAUGCGCAGCUUGACGUCAGCGAGAAUACUGAAGAAGUCAGCAGACCUGAGUGUGCCGUCACCGAGUACAACCAAUGGAGCGAAUGCUCCGUGACUUGUGGUAAAGGCUUGAGAAUGCGAAGUCGUGAGUACGUGAUGCCCCAAAAAGCCAAGAUGUUCCAGUGCAACAGACAACUAAUCUCGAAGGAGAUGUGUGUAGCAGCUGUAGCAGAAUGUGAAAGCAGUGGCACCGAUGUUGAAGAAUCCAUUGAAGACACUCCUCUCCCUGACAACGAAGGAAUCUGUGCCACUUCCCCUUGGGGUCCUUGGUCCGAGUGUUCCGCCACCUGUGGCAUAGGUUUCAAAAUGCGAACCCGCCUCUUCAUCGACAGAAUGGGACGCAAAAAGUGCCCCCACAUCACCACAGUUGAAAAAGAGAAGUGCAUGAGCCCCCCUUGUACCGCCGAACAAGUAGAAAUCCCAGAUCCCAUGUGUCCCACCACGAACUGGAGCGACUGGAGCCCUUGCAGCGCCUCGUGUGGUAAAGGAGUCCGACUAAGAACCAGAUUACUCUUGGUGGAACCGUCUUUGCAACAGAAAUGUAGUUCCAGGGUGGAACUAGUCCAACAAGCGCCUUGUAUGGAGACCCCUGAUUGUACCAUCGACAUGGCUACUGCUAAAGUGAUUUGUAUGCAAGAAAGUGAGGCAGGACCGUGCAGCGGAUAUUUCAAUCGAUGGUACUUUGAACCCAGGAAGAUGAUGUGCGUACCGUUCAUCUAUGGGGGUUGUAGAGGCAACAGGAAUAAUUUCUUGACGGGGCAAGAGUGUAUGGACACUUGUCAAGUAGUCAGAGAUGCUUUGAAAGGAAAUUUGAAUGGUGGUAGCUCGAACCCAGCUGUGUUAACGUCAAAUGGCGGGUACAAUGAACCUAUUGAUUGUAUGGUCACGGAGUGGUCAAAUUGGUCUACGUGUAACGUGGCUUGUGGUUUUGGUAUUUCUGAAAAGUUUAGGAUGGUGAAGAGACCAGCGGCGAAUGGUGGAAGACCUUGUCCUGUCAGACUUGUCAAAACGAGGAGAUGUAGAGGACCACCAUGUGUUCAAUAAAAGAAAUAGACAGUAGACACCUGUGUUGAUAACGUUGCAUAUUUUUGUAAAUUCUUUAUUUCAAUAUAGUUCAAAACUGCUAAAUUUAUAA